AUGCGGAUCAUGAUCAAGGGCGGCGUCUGGAAGAACACCGAGGAUGAGAUUCUGAAAGCCGCGGUGAUGAAAUAUGGCAUAAAUCAAUGGGCAAGGAUCUCAUCACUGCUGACCCGGAAGUCAGCCAAACAAUGCAAAGCAAGAUGGUACGAGUGGCUUGAUCCAUCGAUCAAAAAGACCGAAUGGACGAAGGAAGAGGAUGAGAAGUUGCUGCACCUUGCCAAGCUCUUCCCCACACAAUGGAGAACAGUGGCCCCCUUGGUUGGACGCACUCCCGCACAAUGCCUGGAGCGUUACGAAAAGCUGCUUGACCUUGCCCUUGCUAAGGACGAGAAGUACGACCCUUCAGACGAUCCUCGCCGCCUGCGUCCCGGAGAGAUCGACCCCAACCCAGAGGCCAAGCCGGCGCGUCCUGAUCCAGUGGAUAUGGAUGAAGACGAGAAGGAGAUGCUUUCAGAGGCAAGGGCAAGGCUUGCCAACACCAGAGGCAAGAAGGCAAAGCGCAAGGCGCGAGAGAAGCAGCUGGAGGAGGCUAGGCGUUUUGCCUCCCUCCAAAAGAAACGUGAGCUCAAAGCCGCAGGCAUAGAGCUUAGGGGCAAGGAGAGGCGGCGUGGGGGGAUCAACUACAACAAGGAAGUUGCCUUUGAGAAGCAACCGCCUCCGGGCUUCUACGAUGUUGCCCAGGAACAGGAAGUCACUAAGCAGGUGUCCCGGGAGUUCCGUCCAGUUACACUGCAGGAGGUUGAAGGGAAGAGGAGGAAGGAUGUUGAAGAGGCGCUGUUAAAGGCAGACCUGCGCAACCAAAAGCUGCAGGCAUCCCACGACCAGCCAGCAGCCAUUGCGAAAGUCGCAGAGCUGAACGACCCAUUGCUCACCCAUCGGCGGCGAAAGUUGAUGCUUCCAGCCCCGCAAAUAUCAGAGCAAGAGCUGCAGCAGAUCGCCAAGAUGGGUGGCGAUUCUCGUGUGGAGAAUGACUUGAUGGAGGGCGCGGGUGGGGAGGCCACCAAGCAGCUCCUUGGGCAGUAUGAGCAGACUCCCAUGGGGUUGGCCACACCCAUGCGCACUCCCCGCACACCUGCAGCAGGCGGCGAUCACAUCAUGCAGGAGGCUCACAACUUGGCCAAGCUGCGAUCGGCAGAGACCCCACUGCUGGGCGGCCAGACGCCUGAACUCUAUCCCUCUGACUUCUCAGGCAUCACUCCAAGGCAAAACGCUGUGGCCACGCCAAACCCACUGGCCACCCCUCUGGGUGCCACCCCCAGCCAUGGGUCGGGGGGCCUCGCAACACCCUCCAUUGGUGGCACCCCACUCACCACAUCGGUGGCUUCUGGGGCUGGUGGCCCGAUGCAGACGCCCGUGAGGGAUGAGCUGGGGCUGAACACCUCCAACCACCUGGCCACACCAACCAACAGGAAAGAAGAGAAGGCGCAGAAGAUGCUGGUCAGGAACCAACUUCGUGCGCAGCUUGCACAGCUUCCAGCUCCUGUCAACAGAGUGGAGAUAGUGGUCCCGGAUCUUCCACAGGAGGAGCCAGAGGCUCAAGAAAUGGAGGUUGAUGCUGUGGACCGUGACAAGCAGCGGAAGCUGGCUGAGCAGGAGAGGCUGGAGAAAGAGCUGAGGAGCCGCUCGCAGGUCAUCCAGCAGGGCCUGCCGCGGCCGCUUGCAGUCCUCAUUCCCCACGAGAUUGGAGCGCUUCCAGACAUGUCCCUGAAAGACAGGGCGGAGCACAUGCUGUCUGCGGAAGUGACAGCCAUGCUGCAGAGGGACGAGGCAAAGUAUCCAGUCAAGGAGGGCAAGAAGAAGAAGCCGGACAAGAAACGGAGCAGGGCGCAGAUGGAGGGACCUCAGAUGGAGGAAUUUGAUGAGGAAGAUCUUCUGAAUUCUGCUGCACUUCUAGAGGCAGAGGCACUGUAUUUGAAGAAGGAGAUGGGCCAUGCCCCUGCCCCUGAGGAGGAGCGCAUCCAGGCAUGGGCGGCUGCUGAGCGAGAGCUGAUUUGGCUGCCUUCCAAGGCACAGUAUGGAAGGGGCGCUUCUGCGGCAACUACAGAUAGGAUCGACUCGCUGAGGGGCGACCUAGAGAAUGUCCAUGCAGAAAUGUUGAACAAAGCCAAGCGUGCGUCAAAGCUGGAAGACAAGAUUCGGGUGUUGUGCUCGGGACACUGGGCCCGUGACGAGGCUCUGAGGGUGCAGUUAGACAGCCUCUGGCACGAAUUGGAGGAGGAGAAGGUCAGCUUGGAGAGUUUCAAGGCACUGCAUAGACGCGAGCAGUUGUCCAUUCAGUCGCGCUUACAAGCGAUGAAGGAACUGGUGAUGGAGCAGCAGGGGCGCGAAGCAAAGCUGCAGGAGAGAUACAAGGAGCUGUGCUCCAAGAGGGACGCGAUGCUGGAGAGCCUGCAGGACGGAGAGUGA